UGGUGGCUCUUUCCGCUGUGCAGGUUGGUGUACGACAGGGAGACGGGAAAGCCAAAGGGCUAUGGCUUCUGUGAGUACCAAGACCAGGAGACAGCCCUCAGUGCCAUGCGGAACCUGAACGGGCGAGAGUUCAGCGGCAGGGCCCUGCGUGUCGACAACGCGGCCAGCGAAAAGAACAAGGAGGAGCUGAAGAGCUUGGGCACAGGUGCACCCAUCAUAGAAUCACCCUACGGGGACCCUGUCAAUCCUGAAGAUGCCCCUGAGUCAAUCAGCCGGGCAGUAGCCAGCCUGCCACCCGAGCAGAUGUUUGAGCUGAUGAAGCAGAUGAAGUUGUGUGUCCAGAACAGCCCCCAGGAAGCCAGGAACAUGCUGCUCCAGAACCCCCAGCUGGCUUAUGCCCUGCUGCAGGCCCAGGUGGUCAUGAGGAUUGUUGACCCGGAGAUUGCACUGAAAAUCCUGCAUCGCCAGACCAGUGUUCCUCCUCUGAUCCCAGGCAACCAGCAGCCAGUGCCAGGGCCGGGACCGGGACCAGGGCCUGGGCCAGGUCCAAAUGCCCAGCUGAACCCACAGAAUACCCCCUCGCCCCAGCCACAGCCCAUAGGUGGGAUGCACGUAAACGGCGCUCCUCCUCUGAUGCAGCCGCCCAUGCAGGGAGGAGUGCCAGCCCCAGGACAGAUGGCAGCCCCUGUGCAGGGCCCGGGCCCCGGCCCCAUGGCUCCAGGAGGUGGGAUGCAGCCGCAGGUUGGGAUGCCGGGCGCUGGGCCUGUCCCCUUGGAGCGCGGACAAGUCGGAAGAGAUCCCCGAGGGCUGGAGCCACGAGGACUGGAGCCGCGAGGGCUGGAGCCCCGGGUGAUGGAGGCGCGAGCCCUGGAGGCACGAGGCCUGGAGCCGCGGCCCGGCUUUCGGGAGGCCGGGGCCAUGGAGGCCAGGGUCAUGGAGCCCCGGGGCCUGGAGCCUCGAGGGCCUGGUCCCAACCCACGUGGCCCCAUGCCUGGUGGGAUACAGGGUCCUGGGCCACUUAACAUGGGAGCCAGUGGCCCGCAGGGGCCCCGCCAGGUUCCUAACAUGGCAGGGGCAGGGCUGCAGGGGGGGGGCCUUCCUGGGGGAGCUGGUCAGCCUGGAGGCUUUAGCCCUGGACAGAGCCAGGUCACCCCCCAGGAUCACGAGAAGGCAGCCCUGAUCAUGCAGGUUCUGCAGCUGACGGCGGACCAGAUCGCCAUGCUGCCUCCAGAGCAACGGCAGAGCAUCCUUAUUCUAAAGGAGCAAAUCCAGAAGUCCACGGGGGCACCCUGA